UUUUCCGGGCUUUCUGCGAGCAGAAUCCAGUUAGGGGCCUAGCUAGAAGUUGAGCCAGAAAGGGUCCUCUGUGUGUGUGUGUGUGUGUGUGUGUGUGUGUGUGUGUGUGUGUGUGUUUUCUUCAUGGUUUAGGUGCCUGGGGAACGGUAACCCCAGAGUAACUAAGCUGCAGCCUGCUGGAUCUCCUCCCAUAUCGGCCCAGUAAGCAGGGUGGAAGCUGGCUUCCUUUCCAGCUUGCCUAGGCUUGGUUCCAGCAGCACCGCUGCUUCUCCCAGCCCUAGGUGCUCGCCUUCCCUCCUCCCUUAGCAACUGGGAGUCUGUGGACGCCAUCAAGUAGCAACCGGGAGGCUGCAGGGAGCCCGGGUGAGGAAGGGCGGAGCCCAGCCCAGGUGCCCCGAAUCCCCGCCACUGCAGCGCAAAGCCACCGCUAGCCGCAUCUGCACCUGCAGCGGGGUCCGAAAAGGAUUCUGCAAAAAUGAGCCAUUCUCACCCCGCUGGAUUACUUGCAACAUAUAAUAGCCUCACGGAUAAACACCUGGCUGGUUAUUUUAACAAUACCAGGAUCAGGCGGCAUCUCCUAAGAUCCGGGCUGAUCACGAGAAGUGGGAGGAUACUUUCUGAAAAGGAAUACAAAGUUAACAACAUGAAACAGGAUCACCAAAAAUACAUCCGAGAGUGCUUAGCCCGGGCCAUUUUCCACAAGGUCCUUGAUAUGGAGCGCUACCGUCAGCUGGAAAUAAAACGGAAGCUGGAUGACUUAGCUCGGAGAGAGCGUAUUCAGAGGUUGAAGGGAGAACACACAAGACGAUUUAUUGAAGAUAACAUGCCCAUUCUGACUCCCCAUCCCCCAGCCGGCCCAAAGACUAAUCGUGGCCAUAGCGUUCUGGCUGAGGAAGGACGUUCUAGUCCAUUAACACUGACAGCCCCUCGACCGUAUACUGCCCCAGGAAAUAUGCAGCCUCCGGUUCGUCUGCAGCCUCUUCUCAGUAAUCGCCAAAUAAGGAAUGGUUCAAAGAUAACUUCAGGGUCCAAACCCAAAACCUUAUUGCUGGAAAGUGAAGCUCCAUUUCCUCUCGCGGGCAAGAAGGCCAUGAUGAAAUUCAGGAACUACAUGGACAAUUCCCAGAAGGAGGAUCUCUACCAACUUCCACACAUUAACAGUUACCAGAUACCUGUUCCCCCGUCACCCCAGCCCCAAGCAAAGAGCUUUAGGGAGAACAGGUUGGAGGCUUGGAGGAGGAAGAGACUGCGUCCCAUCACGGCUCCCCAUGGCCUAGAGCCUCUCUUCACCAAGGAUCCAGGAAGGAUUUAUAAAACAGCACCACAUAGCAAUGCAGUUAUCACGAUGGUCUAUUUUGGUAAAAAUGUGCACGUAUCUUACGACGACAUAGACUUCCGAGAUGAAAUCAAGAUUUAUCAACAGCACUGUGGAGGAGAGAACCUUUGUGUCUACAAAGGGAAACUGCUUGAGAAAGACACCUUUCAGUUUAUCUCCAAGCGUCACCACGGCUACCCCUUCAGCCUCACCUUCUAUCUGAAUGGGAUUCAGGUGAACAGGAUCAGCUCCUGCUGUGAGUUCAAGCACCGCAGGAGCUCCCGCUUGGGAGGCAAGAGAGGCUACUUCGGGUUUGUGUGUGUGGAGAAGGCAUCUCCUUGCUACAGGUGCAUUAUUGCAAUGGGCCUUGACAGAAAACCAUCUUCAAUGAAACCUAAGAAGGACAAGAUUGCUGAGAAAAAGGAGGAGUCACUGAAGAAGAAUCAGGGGAAACUGAGGAAGGACAGAGAGAAUGCACCAUCGAAAAGGAACGAGAUGGAGAGGAAAGAGUCCUCUGUCUCAGCCGCAUUUUCAGCUGAGGAAAUAAAAUUAGGGGUCAAAGAAGUGAGGACGGCUAUAGAGGAAAUGGAAUGGAAGGGCAGGAUAGGGCAUAGCGUCUGGGAAGAGGACCAGGACAACGCUGUUAAAUACGACUACGAAGAAGAUUUCGAAAUAGAUGAGUUAAAACAAGAUGAGAAGGAGGACGGAGAGGACCAGGAUGAUGACCAGAUGAGUAGAGGAACCAAGUCACCCACCGAAGGUGAAAAAGAUAAUCUAAACCCCGAAAAGGAGCUUGAAACCUCUUCAGAGAAGGCACUAGAUGCCCGUGACAGUGAGAACUUCGAGGAUACUGGAUGCUCAGACAGCGAAGAGGAUGACAGACAAGACUUGAAAACCACGUCAUCAAUCUCAUCUAGAAGUCACCCCUACUCUAGUGAGAGUGAAGAUGAGUCUACGGAGGUGGGUGGGGAAGCUGACUCCGUAAACAGCGAAGGCGAAAGUUCCAAAAGUUCCUCUUCUCAGGAUCUGCGGGAAAACAGUGAUCCAGGGAAAUUACACUUUCCAGCCGAGGAGUACUUGGGAACUGAGAUCGAAGAGCAAGAAAUCACAAAACUGGAUGGGGAUAAUGGCCCUUGGUUGACGGAGCUCAGCGGUACACAUGUUACCGAGGAGAAACCAACUAAGGGAAGCCAGGCUUUAUUGGAGAGUGAACCCAAGGAGUCCAGGCAGGUUGCUUCUUCAGAGGUGAGGGCUAAGAGUGAGCUCCUGAAGGAAGCAGGCCUCCCUUGGGUAGAAGAGGUCGGACAGAUAACAGGUGAAGCCCAGAAACCUGGUCAUGGCCGCUCUACUCCACCUGGACCUAGUCCCACAGAUGAUGGGGUGACACCCAUGAGGAAACCAGAGGUCAACCUGGACAGAGUGGUAGAGGAAAAAGCAGUCCUCAGCUCAAAUGAGCAACCCGUGCAAGCUGCACAAGAGAUGCGCACACUGAAGGAAGAAGCCAUGGAGAAAGAUGAACCUUCCCAGUCUGAGGAUACUGAUGCCUCUGUGGGACUGAGGGAGAAAGCCGAGAUGGGGGAAGAUGGUACCUGCCGUCCCCAGGAUGCUGACAUGGAUGGGGGACCGAGGGAGAAAGCAGGGAUGUUGGAGGAUGGUACCUGCCAUCCCCAGGAUGCUGACACGGAUGGGGGACUGAGGGAGAAAGCUGGGAUUUCAAAGGUUCCUUUAGGGGAGAGGAGCCCUACAGGAGAGCAGCAGGCAUCAGCAGAACAGGUCACAGAGACAGGGCAGUACCCUCUGCGCAUAGCUAGUGAGGUGGAGGCAGGCACGGAAGGGAGUAGAAGGCAUGGGGAGGAACAGUUGAUCUCCAUAGAAAAGGUAGCAGCAGGAGCCUCUGUGUUUCUAAGUGUAGAGCAGGGAGUGGACAGACAGAGGGAUGAGGACCCGGACAGGCAGGCCUCGCUGCAGACAGGGAUGGAGGAAGGAAGAACAGUUUCUCAAGGGGAGCAAGAAUUGGAGAAGGCAGCCUUUACAGACAGCACAGGGCUUAGCUCAGAGACUCUUGGGGAAGCAGCCAUUCUGAAAGAAGCAGGGACUUCUGAAGUGAAGGAAGCAGAGAGGGAGAUGGGCUCCCCCAAACCAGAUGGAGACCAAGGUAAAGAAGGAGCUCUUGCAGAGCUGGAGGUCAUGGGGCCUGUGGUGGACACAGGGCCAGAGAGAGAGGACGGUUCUGAAGAGGCAGCACUUGGGGGAGAGAGAGCAGCCAGAGGGCGGAAGGAAUUUCUGGAAGCAGAAACUCCCUUCAGCUCCUCAACAGGAGAGCCCCAAGCAAGCCCCUGGGAGGAUUUCCCAGGCAACCAUGAGGAACUCAGUAAGGAAGAUACAGCAAGGGAGGGAAUCAUCACUGACACAGAAUCCACCGAGGAACGGGAUGUGAGAGCCGUGUUCCCUGGGGAAUUAGCUGCGGCUGGAGGCAUGGAGAAAGCUGAGAGGCCCACACCACCUCUGAGGGAAACUGGAUCUGACAGAGAAGAGGAGACAGGGGCUGAGGUGCUGAAGACAGAAGACCUGUUAGAGCACAAAGUCAAAGGGGAAGAGGAGGGCACAGUGAGGGAAGUGGGUUUUGAGGAAGAGGCCUGUGCAUCCUCCCAUGAGACGGAGGCUGAUACUGAGAAUGCAGAACCCACAGGGGCAACUGAGUCGGGGGAGGUUACAAAGCUUCCGGAAGAGCUACCCGAAGAAAGAACCAUUACUUUGUUUGAAGCAACACCUCAGUUUGAGAAAUCACCGGAAGAGAGUGCAGCCACAAACACAGAACAUCAAGGAGGAGAAGAGUUGCCAGGCCAGGAGAGCGAGGCUCCGUGGCCUCAGGAGAGGGGGCUCAGUCAUGAUGGAGAGGGGCUGUUAGGAGCUCCUGGACCUGAGCCAGCAGACAAAGCACAGGGACCAGAGGGUAUUUUCACAGCCAGAGGUGAAGAGUGGGCUGCCGAGGAGCCGGACAGCCACGUGGAACCGGAGAGACUGGAGGAAAACGGGCCUUUGCAAGUACAAGGAGGGGACAUUAUGAGAAGGACCCAGGGAAAUCUUCCCAAGGAAAGGCUCACCAGGGCAGUGGUCUGUAGAGAAGCCGAGGUUGAGAAGCCUCAGGGGGAAGGGGACGGGGAUAAAGAGUGCUCUCCAGGGACAGAGACUGUCGGCCUGAUAGUGCAGAAUUGGAUCACGGGAGGAAGCACAGUCGAGGCUCAGGAGGAUCCACAAGAAGGAGAAAUCGAAGACUCUGCAGAGUGGAGAGAGGUGUCAGAGGAAUCGAAGUCAGCUGAUGGGAUCCCUAUGGCCUCCUCCUCUGCAGAUGCUCAGCAGGAAACGUGGGACAGAGCAGGUGAGGCUCUAGGAGAAACAGCCAAUGAAGAAAGGACCUUGACUGAAGACAUGACGCCAAGAGCAGAGAAGGUAGCAGUGGUGGAGGAAGUGACAUCAGCAGGGGCUAUGGCAGAGACCCAACAAGAACAGGCUCCUGAAGUGCAGUACUCAAGGCCGGGGGAGGACAGAGAGGGAGGGGAAGCAAAGGCUUCUCAGCACCCAGGUAUGGCUGGGGAGGAAACAGGGGCUACAAGAAAGGACGAGGAACACCAAACCGGAGCAGCUGGCGAGUUCAGAGGAUCAGUGUCUCAGUCAGAGACAGCUUAGUUAGCAGAGUGUGUCGAGAGGCAGCACCUCCAAGGAAACUGGAUUUUUCUAGAGCCCAGGAGAGACUGCAAGAAGAACUUGAGAGAGCAGAUGUUCCCUUGAACACAGCUGAGUAGGAGGUCCCAUGGCAGCUGGUGAGCUCCAGUCUGGCGUGUUUCCAGGACAUAUAGAAAGCUUGCAUGGCUCUCCUGUCUGUGGUGCGGGCUUCACUGGUGUUUCCUAUGUUCUUAUGUGUUCUUCAGUUUCGUACUUCUUACCCCCAAGCUGGCCUGAAGGGUCUUGUGAACACGGGGAGGCAAUAAAGCACGUGGAGGAGGUCGAUCAGCUCUCUGUGUAACCCUUUAGUCCUAUAAAUGGGUUCUCCUGAAAUGAGAUCCGUAUGUCUCACAGGACUCAAGGACAAAAUACACAAUAUAGAGAGAAGUCGGACACUGAGGAGCUUGGGGAGGAGAAAGAAAUAUAUAUUUGUAUGAGAAUUUUAAAAGGCAUACAGAGAAGAAUGUGCCCUCAGCUGCAGAGCCAAGAAAUAAAGGGUUAAAAGUCAGUUCAGAAUUCUCCCCAUUAGCUUUCUUUCAUACACACAUAUAAAAUCCACACCCUCGACUGCUCCCAAAUCACCACCAGCGCUUUGGAUUUUGAAGGAUGGACUAAAGCUCUCUUGUGGCCAUUUAAUCUUACAAUGCUUCUAUACGUUUAUCUCUGAUGUUUUGCUAAGUUUAAUAAAUGUAUGUUUUCCAUGCAUAGAUGACAGAUACUGUACAUAUUUAAUAUACACUGUUUGAAAUUCCUAAGUUUUGAAUGGUGUAAGCAAACACCAAAAUAUAUUUAUUUUACAGAGUCUGUUGUUUCCAAGAUAUCAUCAAGUAGCCAGCACAUACAUACUAAUAUUCUGAGUGAUUUUACCCUCAGUGUAUCUUUUUUGUUUUCCACCAGGAUAUUGUGAAACUGUCAUGGUUAAAGACGUGGAGUGGGGACAGAUGGAGGCACGUUGCUCCCCAGGAGUUCAGAGUUUCUUUUAGCUCAGUGCUAGCCUGAGCCAGUCUCAACUGUAGACCCUGGUUAGUAGGUUACUAAUCGUGGUGAAAUAGCUCAAGAAAAUUUCCCCUCAGGGGAGGUGUGGCCCCAAACAGAGAAUGAGGGGAACUGAACAUUCUGCACAUCAAAGUAAUGAUUGUUUCUCAAACAUUUGACUUUCGCCAAAGUUUAUCAGUAGGUGAGCCCUGAUGGCUUGAUUUUGUUUAAACCACUUUUUAUUCAAUAGUUAAGCAUUAGUCUCAAGUUCAUGCAUGGGGAUCAUAUUUUGGAAAUUUGCCAUCUCUUGGAAAGGUUAACUUUUCCUCUUUACAACUGGGGGUUGGGGAAGGUAAAGUGGGAACCUUCCUGAAAAUGUCCUUUGAAUGUGUUUGUAUCUGGUUUUCUCUGGUAGAGUAGAAACGUGUGGCUUUCAGCAUUUUGUCCCUGGGAGAUUGUCCACCAGGCUGCUCAAAUGUAAGUGAGAUAUGUAUGUAAUCUAGGUAAGUGUGAGAGGAGUGUGAUGACCAGAGUGGGAAGACAUGGUCCAUAACACACAUUCUGGGAAGACGUGGUCUGUCACACACACCCUGAGAAAACAUGGUCCAUCAAACAUACUCAGGGAAGACGUGGUCUAUCCUACGUUCUCUGAACCUGAUGUCACCCUGAAGAUCAGCAGCCCACACACCCCAGGGUUCUGUUAUUUCAAACCUGAGUGACCCCACAGCCCUCGGCAAGAUAGCAGUCACAACUGCUCUCCAGAUGAUACCCAGAUAUCAAUUCCUUGUUAGCUACCAGCCUGCUCUGAUGGGCUGGAUUUCCUUGAAGACAGUCCACGCUCCAGAGCUCCCACUAUUGACCCCUUUCUCAAAGUGCGGAGAUGAAAAAUUUCCAAGACAGCAAUUUGCCAGCCAGGAGGAGAGACAACCUUUUAUGGGGCACUUUUAUGAGUGAACUCUUGCCCCAUAAAAGCUUCAGAUAUAUCUGGUUCUACAUGAACCUAUGCAUCAAUAUUUCAAUUUUUCUUGAUCCUAUUAUGACGCCAAAAUUGAAAAGUCAUAUUGUCUGCCCCCUAACCCCCGUGUUGCUAUUGUCUAGGUGUCCCGUUAUUAUAGAUGGUUUUAAUUUUGAUGAACAAUGGAGCUUUGUGAUAAUUAGUGAUAGACAGAGCCAUCCGUACUGGAGCAGACCUAUUGGCACAGAGAGUGGACAGAUCACUUCAUCGGGGACGUCAGUGCAUUGAGCUUACCACCAGCUUCUUCUCAUACUUAGAAACGGCAUAGAGUGUUGGGGGGUGGGCAGGGUAGAAAGUGCUGUUAUAGGAAACCUUGGAGUGAUCUUAAAGUGUUCCACUGCUCAGGUAGGUCAAUGGUUAAAACAGAUCUCAUUUUGGUUGCAAAGCAGAGGGCAGGAGCACUGUCAGGUUCAUCUCUGCCUCUGUGUCUUUCCUUAGUCGUGCGUGUGGUCAACCUGAGGAGAUGAUAGUCACCUUAAACAUGAUGAAGCCACUCUUAUGUAUUACUGUGCGCAAUGAACUUGGAAGACUUGCCCCUCCCCACUGAAUAACAAGUUGAUGGAAUCGGGCCACAGCCUCCCUACCCCUCGCCCUGGUCUGUGGCUGGCUCUCCUCUACUCCUAAUCUGGUUCCAUGUGCACUGUGACCUCUACAGGACUUGCCCUUGGUGUUGCCCCCCCCCCCCCGAGCCACAGAGUACUUUAAACACAGGACUGACGAGAAAGAUAGCAAACUCCUUAAUCACUUUGAAAAGUGAGUUUUGCGCGAUGUGUUAAAUGGAAAUUGCCUUGGAUUAUUUUUAUAUUUAACACCUUCCAUCAGCCCAGCCUGUAGUGUAAUUCUACAAUCUGCAUGUGGGUUUAACUGUGAAAUUCGGUGUUGUGAUGUUUUGAUUGAGUAAAAUUUUAUCUCUGCAAAUAUUACACCAAUAAAAUUAUGCUUAGCAAAACUGA